GUAUUUGAAUAAGGAAGAUGGCGGCCGCAGCAGUGGUUGAGUUCCAGAGAGCUCAGUCUCUCAUUAGCACGGAUCGGAAUGCGUCUAUUGACAUCCUUCAUUCAAUCGUGAGACGAGACGUUCAGGAGAACGAUGAGGAGGCCGUUAGGGUUAAAGAGCAAAGCAUCCUGGAGCUGGGAACACUCCUGGCAAAGACGGGGCAGGCUGCAGAACUCGGAGGCUUGUUGAAGUUUGUGAGACCGUUCCUGAUUUCCAUCAGCAAAGCCAAGGCGGCCCGGCUCGUCCGCUCUCUGCUGGACCUUUUCCUGGACAUGGAGGCAGCAACCGGGCAGGAGGUGGAGCUGUGUCUGGAAUGCAUCGAGUGGGCAAAGGCAGAGAAGCGGACCUUCCUACGACAGGCUCUGGAGGCUCGGCUGAUCUCCCUCUAUUUUGAUACCAAAAGAUACCAGGAGGCCUUGGCUCUUGGCUCCCAGCUGCUGCAGGAGCUGAAGAAGAUGGACGACAAAGCGCUCCUCGUUGAGGUCCAGCUGCUCGAAAGCAAGACGUACCACGCUCUCAGUAACCUGCCCAAGGCCCGCGCCGCCCUGACCUCAGCCAGAACCACGGCCAAYGCCAUUUAUUGUCCCCCAAAGCUCCAGGCAACGCUGGACAUGCAGUCAGGGAUCAUUCACGCAGCAGAGGAGAAGGACUGGAAGACGGCCUACUCCUACUUCUUUGAGGCCUUCGAGGGUUACGACUCCAUCGACAGCCCCAGGGCCAUUACGGCGCUCAAAUACAUGCUGCUGUGCAAAAUUGUGCUCAGCUCACCAGAGGAGGUUCAAGCCCUGGUCAGCGGCAAGCUGGGCCUGCGAUAUGCCGGGCGUCAGACAGAUGCACUGAAAUGUGUUGCACAGGCCAGCAAGAACAGAUCAUUAGCAGAUUUUGAAAAGGCGCUGACAGAGUACAAAGCAGAGCUAAGAGACGAUCCGAUCAUUAACACUCACCUGGCCAAACUGUACGACAGCCUGCUGGAACAAAACCUCAUUCGAGUCAUUGAGCCUUUUUCCAGAGUACAGAUAGCACACAUAUCAGAUCUUAUCAAAUUAUCUAAGGGUGAUGUUGAGAGGAAGUUAUCACAGAUGAUUCUGGACAAAAAGUUUCACGGAAUCCUCGACCAAGGUGAAGGUGUCUUAAUCAUAUUUGAAGAGCCUCCGGUGGACAAAACGUACGAAGCAGCCUUGGAAACAAUCCAGAACAUGAGCAAAGUCGUGGACUCGCUUUACAACAAAGCCAAGAAGCUGACAUAGAGCCGACUCCCCCCACCCCCCGCUGGCCGUGAGAUGGAAG